GGACCCUACCCCGUAUGACACUCCUAAGCCAGCAGGACACACGCGGUUUGUGUGUGUUUCGGACACCCAUUCCCGUACAGAUGGGAUCCAGAUGCCCUAUGGUGACGUGCUGCUCCACACGGGAGACUUCACUGAGCUGGGCCUGCCCUCUGAGGUCAAGAAGUUCAACGACUGGCUAGGUGGUCUACCCUAUGAGUUUAAGGUGGUGAUAGCAGGGAACCAUGAGCUGACCUUCGAUAAGGACUUUAUGGCUGAGCUGGUCAAGCAGGAUUACUACCGUUUUCCCUCCGUGUCCAAACUGAAGCCUGAGGACUUCGAUGACGUCCAGGACCUCCUCACUAACUGUGUGUACCUCCAGGACUCUGAUGUCACCGUCAAAGGCUUCCGGAUAUAUGGGACGCCAUGAGUGGUGGAUUCAUUCAUACCAUCAUCUAUCAAUGAAUCCAGGCUGCAUCACAUCCGUGAUUGGGAGUCCCAGACGGCGGCACACAAUUGGUCCAUCACCGUCCGGGUUUGGCCGGUGUAGGCCGUCUUUGUCAAUAAGAAUUUGUCCUUAACU